AUGUUGAAUGUCGGAAACAAUGGUGGCGGAGGACGGCGGAGGACGACGGCUCAGGCUAGUUCAAGAAAAGGUUGCAUGAGAGGGAAAGGUGGCCCUGAGAAUGCUUCUUGUACCUAUAAAGGCGUUCGUCAACGCACCUGGGGGAAGUGGGUGUCGGAAAUACGCGAGCCCAACCGCGGCAGCCGUGUCUGGCUUGGAACCUUCAACUCCGCCCGUGAAGCCGCCAUCGCUUACGACGCUGCCGCCCGGAGGUUGUACGGACCCAAUGCCCAUGUCAACCUUCCCGACGAAGCACAUGAUUCGGCUCCACCACCGCCGCCGGCCGUAACCGAGGCCGCAAAGGAGGCGAGGUACCACCGUGCACUCGAACAAAUGAAGAAGCAACAGGAGUUUGAACGACAGAUACAAAUAUAUAUGCACCAACAGAAUCAGAAUCAGAAGAUCAAAGUCGAAAACAUGGAGAUUUCGGAUCUUAAUGGGCAAACUGUAGCCAAUUAUCAUCAUUUUCAGAAUCACAAGAUCAAUCACGAUCCAAGAAAUGGAGAGAAUUACGUGGAUCCUAAAUCGUCGACCGGAAACCUAAAUGCCAAUCUGCCAGAGUUUGACGAUUCCCGGUUAUGGACGGAGGCGGCUUCCACCAUGGAUUACCAAUCUCAGGCGAUUGAUCCAGGGAUUGCAGCAUCGACAUUCAAUGACACAAUCGGCAUUGAAUUGAACCACCCAUUGAUGGUGUGAUCGGUGAUCAUUCCUGAUGAGUAUUAAAUCAUCGAAAUGGUACGAAGGUUUCUAAGUGAGUGUGGCACGUGACACAAUAUAAAAUGCUUAUACACAAAUAAUA